UAAAGAGUAAAUGAGAGUAAAUGUGUUCUGUGCUGUAAUUGUGUCAACAACAUAAACGAUAUCGAUUUCAAAAUUAUCGUUGAAAUUUGCUUGGAGUAUGUUUUAAUACGACGUAACCGGUUAUAUGCAAUAAAUAUGGGCAUUUUCACGAAACUUCUUAUAUUUGGAUUAAUUACAGUGAAACUAUCUCCGUAUUUUUGUGAAUACUUAGGAAAUAGUACGUUUAAAUGGCCAACAAUAGCUAUUUCCGUUCUGGUUAGGAAUAAGGCCCAUACAUUGCCUUAUUUCUUUUCGUGCUUGAUGAAUCAGGAUUACCCCAAAGAUAGAAUUUUCAUUUGGAUUCAUAGUGACUAUAAUGAAGAUAACACGAUUAAGAUAAUCGAGGAUUGGGUUGAGAAGUUUGGUUCAUCUUAUAAUGAGAUAUAUGUCACCACAAAUGCUACAAGCGGUCCAUUACAUCCUGACGAAAAAACAUCUUCAAACUGGACUCCAAAACAUUUUGAGCAUGUAAUCCAGCUAAGAGAGACUGCUCUCAGAUUUGCUAGAAGAAUGUGGGCUGACUUUAUAUUUAUGUUAGAUGCAGAUGUGUUUCUGACUGAAACAACGGCAUUAAAAUAUUUAGUGAAUAAAGACAUGUUAGUUGUUGCUCCUAUGCUAGUCUCGGAUGGACCUUACUCAAACUUUUGGUGUGGUAUGACUGAAUAUUUUUAUUACAAAAGAACAGAUGAAUACACGCCGAUUUUACAACGGGAAAAAACUGGAUGUUUCGAUGUUGUUAUGGUACAUUCAGCGGUACUGAUAUCUCUAAAGUAUCGGAGAUCUGAUAUACUAACAUAUAAUCCGGAGAACAUAAAAGAUUAUGAAGGGCCAUAUGAUGACAUCAUAGUUUUUGCUUUAAAUGCAAAUAGGAAUGGUAUACCACUUAAAAUUUGUAACGAUCGUAACUAUGGAUUUAUAACUACACCGUUGGAGGAUGGCCAAGCACUUUCACAUGAUAACGAACGGCUACUAAAUAUAAAAAUGGAAGCUUUGAGUCAAGGCACACCUUUGCCACUUCACAAACAUUUAGAGAAAUAUGUGACAUAUCCUGAUACAUCUAAAUUCGGAUGCAGUGAAGUUUUCCUAAUUAACCUAGAAAGAAGACCUCAGAGACUAAAACUUAUGGCAACAAGCUUUAAGGAACUCGGCAUGGAAGCUAAACUGUUUCAGGCUAUCGAUGGAAAAGAAUUGGAUGUAUGUAAUUUGAAGGAGAAUUUCAUCACUCUAAUGCCGGACUAUGAAGAUCCAUAUCACAAAAGGCCAAUGAAAGCAGGUGAAGUUGGAUGUUUCUUAAGUCAUUACUACAUUUGGGAGCAGAUUGUGGAGGAAAACCUUGAUAUUUCAUUAAUUCUGGAAGACGAUAUACACUUUGUGCCCUAUUUCCGUUACCGCUUCCUAGAGGUUAUGGAAGAAAUCAAAAAGCUUGAUUGGGAUCUUGUUUACAUCGGCAGGAAAAUAUUGAUGGAUGAUAAAGAAGUUUUUGUAACACCCCAUAUAACAAAACCACUUUAUUCCUAUUGGACACUCGGCUACUUGAUAACUAAACGGGGUGCCCAGAAGUUGUUAGAUGCGAACCCACUCGACAAGUUGUUACCAGUCGACGAAUUCCUACCGAUCAUGUUCGAUCAACACACCAACGACACGUGGAAAUCGUAUUUUCCACACAGAAACCUGAAGGCAUUUUCGGCAUCUCCACUAUUAGUUCAUCCGACACAUUAUACAGGACAAAAAGGAUAUAUAAGUGAUACAGAGGAUUCCACUAUUGUCGAAGUAGUUGAGCCCGGUCGUAUAAGGAAUGAACUUUAAAAGUACAAACUGACAUUCCAAGUUUAUUAACGCAUCCCAAAGAGAUUGAAAAAAAUAUUUAGAAGAGGCUUAGUUGACACUUCACUUGAAACAUUUUUCAUAUAAUCAUCACUAACGCU